GGCGCAGGGUCACACUGCCGGCCAGCUGAUCGCCGCGUGCGGUUUUCCUUCUGGAUUUUCCUUAUUUGGCUGUUGUUGUUUUGGGCCGCCGGUACCGCUUUGCAUUUCGUCUCUGUCGCACACUCUCUAUCUCUCUCCCACCAUGGGCAAAAACAGCAAGCGCAACAAGAAGGCGAAGCAGCAGCAGCAGCAGCAACAAACCGGAGCAACUGCAUCUCCAUCUGAAGCGCAGGAUAAGGAUCCGAAUACGAGGAAAACUAGCUCCUUUCAGGCACCCAGCUAUAUGUGUCAUGAUUGGGGAAGGUUAUUGCCCAGUCCAAACGACGAAUCGCGAAAGCAGCUAAAAAAGCUAGUUGGCCAACUUCUCGAUCUGGUGGAGCAGCAGCCGGCCAAUCCCGUCGAGGAAUGGCGGCAGUACGAGCAGCUGCAGCAACUUCUCCAUCAAAUCAUGGUCCUGGAGGAGCCACUCAGCCGGGUGGUCUGCCCAAAGAUCAGCGAUUCACCCGACGAUCAAAAUCGGUUGGCCAAAGUCGAAGCCUUCAGCGUGUGGGCCAAAAACGGUGGUGUCCGCAGCGAGGGACUGCAGAUAGCCAUCUUUCCGGGCUACCAACUGGGCCUACGCGCCACCCGCCAACUGGAGAAGGAUGAGCUGGUACUCAGUGUGCCACGCGCACUCAUCUUCUCCGAGGAAAGCAACUCCAAUUGCCGGCAGUUUGGCAACUUUCAACAGGCCACCCACUUGACACUGGCCUACGACCUGAUCGUCGAGAAGCUGAGUGGGGACCGUAGCGAGUGGCGGCCCUACAUCGAUGUCCUGCCCGCCAGGUACAAUACCGUACUGUACUUCAGCACCAAGCAGAUGGAGCGACUCCGCGGCACCGCCGCCUGUUCCAUGGCGCUGCGUCAGUGCCGUGUGAUUGCCAAGCAAUACGCCUUCCUCUACAGGGAUUUCCACAUUCUGGGCAAGACAACCAUCAAUGGGCAUCAUUUCGAUGACAAGGGUUUUUACCUCAUGAUGCAGGGACUCUGCUACAACCUCUACAGAUGGGCCGUUUCUACGGUAAUGACCCGCCAGAACUUGGUGCCCAGCGAAAAGCAGGCCGGCCCCAAGUUCAUCUCGGCCCUGAUUCCCUACUGGGAUAUGGCCAACCACAGACCGGGCAGGAUAACCUCCUUCUACGCCGCCGCCUCCAGGCAACUGGAGUGCACCGCCCAGGAGGCGUGUGCCGCCGGAGAGCAGUUUUUCAUCUACUACGGCGAUCGGUCGAAUACCGAUCUUCUGGUGCACAAUGGCUUUGUGGAUGUGAACAACCCCAAGGAUUACGUUAAUAUUCGCGUGGGCCUCAGCACCACGGACGCACUGGCCGCAAAGAGGGCUAGUAUUCUGGACAAACUGAACAUCCGGCACAAUGCAGAGCUGCGUGUGCUGCCGGCGCCGGAUUUCAUCUCCAAGGAGCUGUUGGCCUUCGUCCGGGUGUUCAAGAUGAGCGCCGAGCAGCUGGAGCACUGGUGCAGUGACUUGGAGCGGGCCGGCGAUCUACUGCACAUCGAUUGCGCCCUGGAGACGGAUCAUGAGACGCGCACCUGGCAGUUUCUGGAGGACAGGCUGAAGCUGCUGCUGGCCGUCUUCGAUAAGGAACUGCGGGAGGCCGACGAGCUGGAGGCGUUGUCCCAGCUGUCCCAGCUGGAACUCAAGGAAGGGGAAAAACCUGAGCAGGAAAUCGAGCUCAUGCUGCUGCAGUACCGCCGCCUGGAGAGGAGCAUCCUGGCCGGCGCACUGCAGUACGCCCAGGAGCAUCGCAAGGUCUAGGGAUUGGCAAAGCCCCGCCUUGGGUGCACAUCACCCACAUAAUUCGAGUGGCCAUCGACAAAGCGACAUUAAUAACUCAGUUUAGCAUUAGCACUAUACUCUUUUUUUUUUUUAUACCAUUACUUAACUUAUUUUAAUCGACCGUUUUUCAUCUAGUCGAGUGUUUUUGAAGUGGAUACCAAAUUAAUUUAUAAUAAAAUCUACAACGAAUGUUGUACUUGGGGUUUCUGAAAACUCAAUUCUAUAAUAUCAUGUACGUUAUAGCGUUUAAUUGUUUUAUGUUUGUUUACUUUUUUUAUUUCUAAUAACAUCAGUUUUAGUAUUUUGGAAUUAAAUAUGAAAUCAA